AUGAUUCCUGAACCAAGUACACCUGGAUCAGAAAUGUUUACUAUAAAUACCAGUAAAGUAUUGUUGACCUUGGUGACAGAAUUAGACUAUGAAGUGGAACAAACUUACACUCUUACUUUGAGAGUAGCAGAUACAGGCUCAGGGUUGACUGGUUCCCUUAUCAUAAGGGUUAGUGUACAAGAUGUGAAUGACAACUGUCCAAGUUUGACCAGUAUAUCGUACAUCACACCACGACCUAUCCUACAGUUAGAUCCUCUGUUUAAUGUACAGUCAAUGGAUUCUGACAGCGGGAUCAACGCUGAGACACAGGUCUACAUAUCACCUGUAAUGUAUGAAAGUCCACCAGUAGAUUACACUAACAUAUCUGAUAUCAGACGUCAGGUGUACAAUGGUAGCACAGAACUAACGUUAGAGAUAGUUGGGAUAGAUCAGGGGACACCACCAAGGGGUAGUGCUGUCAACGUUACAGUCAAUAUCAGUAAUACGUGUCUAAUAGAUGAGUGGUUAGAUAGAACUAAUAUGUUAUUCACAGUCAACCAAUCGUCUGGUGAUGUCUACCUCAGAAUACCAGGGUACUGGAUUAUUAAUUAUACCUGCUCAGAUUAUAUUGGUAUAUAUAAUGGGUUGAUAAGAGAUGAUCAGAUGUCAGCUUCUUCAUCCAGGAGUAAGCUGACCCUACCUGUCAGAGCUAGAUUGGGAAAUAAUGCGUCCGAUCCUGUUUUUGGUCCCCUUACUGGAGGAUGGGUAGCAGGCACCAAUGACCUUGACCAGUACAUAGAGGUCAACAUGGAAGAAUUAUAUCAGAUUAAACAGAUACAUUUACAAGGCCAACAAGAUGAAGCUAAUUGGGUUACAUCAUUCAGAGUUUAUUAUUUUCAUAAAACAGCAGGAAACUGGAUACUUUACAAAAAUGAUCGCGGGGAAUUUAUAUUUUUGGGUAAUAAUGACCAGGAUACUAUAAGGACUACAGAUCUUGUUCCACCAAUAGUGUCUCAGUAUAUCAGAAUUAACCCCAGGAAUUGGACAAACAACAUAGGAUUAAGGAUGGAGUUGUCUGGAUGUCCUGUAGCACUACAGUAUUAUUAUGAUACCAGUUGUGAGAGGUGUUAUACCUCCUCUUAUUGCCUGGGAGAUGGAGAAACACAUAUGUGUGGACGAUGUGAGAAUGCAACUGACCCAUGUGAUAGAAGUCCUACAGAACAUUCAUUUGGUGCACAGUCAGAGUGUUUACCUUGUCUGGAUGGUUGGAUAUGUAAGGAUGGUUACGCCACACCAUGUGCUAAUUUUACAUAUGUAUUGGGAUGUAAUGAUACAUACUGCCCUGACACAUGUACACUUUGUGAGCCUGGACAUGCAUGUAGAGGUGGCCAGAGAUACGUUUGUCUCCCAGGAACUUAUUCUAAGGGCACCGAUGAAUUUUGUUCCAUAUGUACAGAAGGAUUAUAUCAGGAUGAGGCGGGCCAAUCAGAAUGUAAAAAAUGUCUGUCUGGUUACUAUAGCAGCAAGUCAAAAGACCGCUGUAAUGCAUGUGACGUUGGAUCAUAUAGUCUUGGUGACGGGAAAGUAGGAUGUAUAGCCUGUACUAGUACUACAGAAUGCCCUUGUAUGGGAAAUACAGCCUGUUUUAAAGCUGGGGGAAGUAGAGCAGGAUGCAUAAACAAAGGAGCAGGCAGUUAUGAGUGUCUAGACUGUCCAGUAGGAUUCAUUGGUGAUGGAGUAACCUGUGCUGAUAUAGAUGAGUGUGCAUUACAUCAUCCCUGUUGGAACACAUCAGCCUGCAUAAACACAGUUCCUGGUUACCAGUGUCUAGCAUGCCCAUAUGGAUAUACUGGUACCUAUGAAGAUGGACUGGCAUGGAAUAAUACAGUCCGAGUGUUUGAGCUAAUGAACCAAGAGUUAGCUCCCCUACAGGAACAGAUUUGUGUUGAUAUUAAUGAGUGUCUAACAGAUAACGGCAGAUGUGAUCCAUUGUCUCCAUGCUUUAAUACUAUAGGUAGUUACUACUGUGGGUUUUGUGCAGAAGGGUAUGCUGGUAUACCAAGUAUUAACUGUUACUCUUCUAACUACUGUCAGACUGGACAACACACCUGUUCACAGUAUGCUACCUGUAUUUACCUAGGACCAGGGGAGUAUUCUUGUGAGUGUAACAUUGGAUACACAGGUACUGGUAAAUACUGUGGUUUUGAUUCAGAUUUAGAUGGACACCCAGACAUAACAUUACCAUGUACAGACUGGGGUUGUUAUCGGGAUAAUUGUCGGAUGAAACCAAAUUGUGGACAAGAAGAUGCUGAUGGAGACAGAAUCGGUGAUGAUUGUGAUAACGACUCAGAUAAUGAUGGCACUAUCGAUCCUUUAGAUAACUGUCCGUAUGUACAUAGUUGGGAUAGAACAGAUACUGACAGUGAUACAGUAGGUGAUGUGUGUGAUAACUGUCCGUCCUUCACUAACACAGAUCAGAUAGAUACAGAUAAAGAUGGAGUUGGUGAUGCCUGUGAUACUGAUGAUGACAAUGAUGGUAGACCAGAUGGUACAGAUAAUUGUCCAUUGAAAACCAAUCCAACACAAGUGGACUCAGAUGGUGAUAAUGUUGGUGAUGUUUGUGAUAAUUGUAUAAGUAUAGGAAACCCUGCCCAGACAGAUACAGAUCAGAAUGGAUAUGGUGAUAGCUGUGAUCCCACUAUCAAUAAGGACAGGGAUGGAGAUAGUGUCCUUGACAUCGGUGACAAUUGUCAGGAGGCAGCUAAUGGUGAACAGACAGAUACAGAUGGGAAUGGUAUAG